CUUUGAUACUAACCAUAGUUAUACUGUUUAACGUGUGAUAAAGGUUAUAUGUUCAAUUACAAAAAAGCAAAUAUUUGAAAAUAUAAAUCAAUGUAAAACACUCGGUUAUCGAGUUGUUAUCAUUGCAAAUGUUAAAUUAAAGAUAAGAAAUAUGGUAGACACAAAAGUAAUUAGUAACGAGGAACAAAAUAGUCAGGAGACUAGAGCUCGUGCAAAUAGUUCUGAAACGACAACUUCAACACCUUCUUCGUUAUCCGAUUAUAUGACAGGAGAAGCAGAUGACAGUUCUGACAGUAAAGGCAGCAUACCCUUUAAUCUGAAAUCUGUAGAACCUUUAGUUUCGUUGUCUCAGGAUACAUCCGCUGAAGAUCUACAAAGAAUGAUUGAAAAAUGUAAACAAAUGGUAUUAGAAAGCGCAGAGUGUUCGGAUGAAAGGAAAUGGCUUGUAAGACGUUUAAUUGAAUUACGUUUAAGAGUUCAAGAAUUACGAGAAACAUCAGAUCAAAAACUUCUUGAAACUCAUGUAAUACUUGGUCAUCAUUUGGUUCCUCAAAAGUAUCAUAUUACUUCUUCUGGACCUGUAUAUUGCGAUCACUGUAGUGGCACCAUUUGGAUGAUGCUGCAGUCUUGGUACAUGUGCAGUGAUUGUAGGUUCAGUGUUCAUUGGAAAUGUUUAAGCAAUAUAUGUCGUGUUUGUGUACAUGUUAUUGCAAGUGAAGCCGGUGGUUAUACUUAUACUAAAGACAUUUGUCCCGAAAGAGGAUUAUCUAAUCAAGGCUACCGUUGCGCAGAAUGCAAGAUACGAAUAACUUUUACAUUCCCAAAAGGAUUGUCAUUAUCUUGUUUUGGCAGCCCUUUUAAAAGUUCAGAAUCACCAUGGAUAGAGCCACGACUGUGCGAUUACACCGGCUUGUAUUAUUGCCAGAGAUGUCAUUGGAAUACAACUAUGGUAAUACCUGCGAGAGUUAUUAGAAAUUGGGAUAUGGAACCAAGGCUUGUCUGUCGUGCUUCAGCUCAAUUAUUGGCGCUUCUUGAAGAUCGUCCCUUUUUACUAUUGGAAGAAUUAAAUCCAAAAUUGUUUACACUGGUUCCAGAUUUGUCUUUGGUAAAAAAAAUGAGAGAAGAAAUGCAAAUGAUGAAGCGUUAUUUAGUAAUAUGUCCAGAAGCCAAUACGCAAGGAUUGCCAUGGAAAAUUGGUUUACGUACACAUGUGAUUGAAAAUCCGGGAAAUUAUUCUAUAAAAGAUCUCAUUAAUUUACAAAAUGGUGCUUUACUAGAAGAAAUUCGUACUUCUUAUGAUAUCAUGCAUACUCAUAUUACUGAACAAUGUGAAUUGUGCAAAGCUAGAGGUCAUUUAUGCGAAAUGUGUGGAAACAAUGAAGUUAUAUAUCCCUGGGAUACUUGUGCAAUAAGUUGUCAACAAUGUUUAGCCGUAUACCAUCGUGCUUGUUGGUCUAAACGAAAUCAUUCUUGUCCACGAUGUAUAAGACUUGAAAAACGUCGAGCUUUAGAAGAAGGAGAAUGUUCAGAUACCAAAAGUCUAUCUAAGAAUGAAUCACCUGAACAUAAUAAAGUUACAAAUUCGAUUGAGUAAUCAUUUUCUUCAUACAUUUUUGUACAAUUGAGUUGGAGAAAAAGAAGUAAAAGAAGAAAAUAAUGAUGUGCGUAGUUACCAUUCAUUAUAAGAUGUUACAAUUUGUGAUGUAUAAUUUUAAAUAACUGUUUUUCGUAAAUGUAAACUUGCAAUAAAUUAUAAUCUUGUUAAUAUA